UACAACUUCCUGUUUUGUGUCCUAAGCAGGCAGCCCCAAAAAUAUGACAUUUUGUUUAGUGUUGCGCACAAUUAAUAUAGUUUUAGACGUAUCUGUGUAUAAUAUCUCAGACGUUUAUUAUGUUAAUAGAUGUUUAACUAUUGUAUCCAUUAUUACUGCUUUCCAAGCAAGCGUGUAUCAGAACUAAGAACUUAAAUAAACUACAAGUCCCACAAUGCAUAUCCGAAUAGCUUUUCUGCUUCCCCCAAUUCUCAUCUCGCGAGUUUUCACUUAAAUUUUAAACGCGGGAGCCAUCCGCUAAAAGACUGAACGUUAUGCCAUGGAUUCUGUAGAUGAGAACGUGUCUGCUCGAAUUCUCCUGCAAAAUGUAAUUCAAACGGAGUCCUCCAGGUCCCCAAUUACCCGCAGUGCCUCCCAGGCUCAGUUCCAGUCUCCUGGGUCCAGAGUCAGACAUAGUAUCAGACUAAGGAGGAGUGAUGUUGGGGCCCUUACCCCACAGGAGGCCCUCAAACAGAGCAUCAAAAAUAAGCUUUGUGAGAGCACUUCCAGAUCUUCCCUGCCAGAGCCACCCAGUAAGAGGCGGGCUGUAUCAGAGGGAGUCAGGAAGAUUAACACACUUGCACCAGCCACAGCCUCGCUUCUCUAUGACGUUGACAUCACACCUAGAUACCUACUCAGGGGGAUCCUGCAGACGGAGCUGGAAACAUCCCUUCUGGUUCAGGACCGGCCAGUCAGGAAGGAGCCAGAGCUGCCCUCCACAAACUCCAGUCUUCACAGCAACCGCCCAAGUACAGGGCUGUCUGAGUUGGAUCUCCCUGACAUGACCACCACAGUAAACCUGUCAAAUACGGUGAAGGGACUAAGCAGGAAGCGACCACGUCGGAGUCUCAACAUAACAGCAUUCAACAGGCAGCUUGAACAUGAAGAUGGAGAGGGUGAAGGUGGCAGUGCAACAGAAAAAGACCUCUCAUCCCUGUCUUCUGCCUCUCCAAGCUCUAUCACCUUCUCUCUGAAAACACCCUUUGUGGACGUUCGGACUGAGAAAAGGGGAUUUCAAAGGAAGGUAGCAAAUCGUAAAAGAAUUUGCCUUGAGGAGUUUGACGAGGCCCUACGGAAUCGACAGGCGGCGAUGGGUGGAGACCCUGAGCUGAGUGUUAGGGAGGUUCAGCAGGGUCUCAGUGAGACCGUUCGUUCUGAGGGGUUCACCUUGGGACUGAGUGACCUCACCGCUCCUGACAUCACCCAUGACAUCAUCACCAGCAACACAGCGCUCUACGCCCCGCCUGAUGACACAGCAACAACCUUCAUUAUCGCCACCCAGGACAAAGACACCAUCACAGGAACACAGAUCCAGCGAGGAAUGAAGAAUGAGGAGGAGAAAAUAUGGAGGAGGUAGGGGAAAAAGGAGGACAAGAUGGAAAUAGACAACAAAGAUGGAGAGGAUUUGGCUGUUGUUGCUGGGCAGAGAGGGGCCUCGGUGAGACUGGAGGAGUCCAAAUCACAGACCGAAGAGGUAGCUGACUCCCAGACAAAAGAAGUAGAAGAGGUAGCUGACUCCCGGACCGGAGAAGAUGAGGAGCUGGCUAAAUCUCCGACAGAAGGAGAGGUAGCCGAGUCUCCGACAGAAGGAGAGGUAGCCGAGUCUCCGACAGAAGGAGAGGAGGAGGAGAUAAAUGAAUCUCAGACAGAAGAUCUAGCAGAUGAAGGGGGACAGGUAGUGGAAGGGCAGGAAAAAGGCUUGACAUCACAGAGUUUAGCACACAAUGUGAUGCACAUCAGUCGGAGAACUUAUUGCUCAGGGUGGUGUCAAGGUUGCAGGAGUGAUUGUCUUUGUGUGUGUUUUGUGGGGUGGGCUGGCAGAAGGUCAGAGGGGGACACUGCUGGUGAGUGGCACAGCGGGCCGGAGGUGGGAGCUAGUGAGAGCGCCCACACCCGCACAGUAACCCUUGGCAGCGCCCCUCCCUCCCCGUUGCCCCAGGAAGAUGAACAGGAGCUGGAAGGUUUGAGUAGAACAGGCACCAGCCUUGGAAAUGAGGAGAUGGAGAACUCCAUGCCUCCUUUAGAGAUGACCUUUGAACCUGAGAACAACGCCCCUCACAGUAGCGUCUCAUCCCUGCACCCCAUCACUGCCCAGAGCCCAGCUGACCAUGAGGAGGACUGGGAUGAUGUGGAAGAGGGGGAUGGUAUCCAGAGUGAAGAGCUGUCCAUGAAGACACCUGCGUUUGUCAGAAAGAAGAGGAAUGCUCUGCCAAUUGACCCCCUGGCCACACCCACUAUUCUCAAAGACCUUCAACCAAGUGUUUUGUCUGGUGCUGCAGCUGCGGUGAAGCCCAAAGCGGUGAGGGGAAAGCGGGCUGGAUCAGCCAAGAAGGAUACUGGUCUCUCUAAGAGCUACAUCAUGAGCGUGUUCAAACACUUCGCCAAGACCAAGGUGUCUACAGAUGUCCACCCUGUCCUAAAGGAGAUAAUGGAGCUCUACUUUGACCGACAAGCUGAUGACUUGGAGAUGUUUGCUGCUCACGCCAAGAGGAAGACCAUUGAGGUGGAGGACGUAGAGCUGCUGAUACGGAGACAGGGGUUUGUGACUGACAGCAUGCCAGUGAAUGUGUUGAUUGAGAAAUAUCUCCCAAUGGAAUCCCGGAAGCUCCUCAUUCCUGUGGCAACAAAUGGUAACUACGUCAUUCCCAAACCGAGGAGAAAAUGAUCAGCCUAUACUGAGAAUGAUCAGCCCAAAUCAUAAUGUGGGCUGAUGUUGUAUAUUUGAUUGAAUAUCUAUUAACAGCUGUUCAUUUAUUACCUGUAGACACUAAUUGAAACACAGCCAGGACAAGACCAUGUAACCUGGUGUAAAUGUGUUGUUUUUGUUUGAAUAUGGCUUCGUCUUUUUGUUUUGUUUGUUUAUAUUUGUCGAAAAUAUUACUGCAAUAAAAUUUAUUUGAUUUA